CCCAGUCAAAACAACAUGGCCGCCUCCUUGUGUGCGCAUUUCUGAGCCUCGCUAGCCUGGUCAUACUUCGAGUUACGAAGUUCACGUGGUUUUCCUUUUCGCGUGUAUGAAGUGCGAAGUGUGAUCGAGCAAUAAUGAUGUUACUUUUAGCACUGUUAGCAAAUUCUCUGUCCUUUGUAUCCGCCGCUGAAGUGGCAGGGUGUUUGGAAAAUGCCUGGCUUUACACCGAAUCCUUCCUUUUGGCCGUGUGGCACAGCAGAUUAUACGUCUACACUGCAGCUGCUCUCCUCAUUGGCUUAUGGUUAACAGUGAACAUGACCAGGAAAAAGAAGAAGCUGAUCAACCCUGCAGAAGCCUCAAUUUCCAAAUCCGAGAAGCAGAAGGAGCCAACACCUGACAAAGAGAAGGUUGUCAGUGUUGCCGGUGUAAGGAUUUUCUACGGGUCACAGACUGGAACUGCAAAGGGUUUUGCCAGAGAGCUCGCAGAAGAGGUCCAGGCGCUCGGGUUUCAGUCUGACGUGAUUGACUUGAAGGAUUACGACCCGGAGGACAAGCUGUCAGAUGAGUGCUCCAGUAAAAUGAUCUGCGUGUUCCUCAUGGCCACGUACACCGAUGGCAAGCCGACUGAGAACGCCGAAUGGUUCUAUAAAUGGCUGGAGGAGGCAUCCACUGACUUCCGCUAUGGCAAAACCUACCUGAAAGGAAUGAGAUACGCCGUCUUCGGCCUGGGGAACUCCGUGUACGUCGGCCAUUACAACACGGUUGGCAAAAAUGUAGACAAGUGGCUGUGGAUGCUGAGUGCGGCCCGCGUCAUGAGCCGCCGCGAAGGCGACUGCGACGUGGCGAAAAGCCGAAACGGCAGCAUCCAGGCCGACUUCCAGGCCUGGAAAGCUGAUUUCCUGAGGCGCCUUCAGGCCUUGGCUAAAGGUGAGAAGAAGACGUGCAGCUGCGAGUGCAAAAAAGGAUCGUGCAAGAAUAAAAAGAAGCACCACGAGGAAGCGGAGGGCGAGAAGCACAGCUCUGAGGAGCUGUUUGAGUCCAGCAGCGAUCCAGAGUCUGGAGGUGAAGAGGAGAAAGCUCACGGCUCCGUUAUCGACAUGGAGGAUCUCGGAAACGUCAUGAACCACAUGAAGAAAGCUAAGAAACAAGUGGAGGAGGACUCAUCUGAACAUGGAAGACUGUCCAAACUGAAUGGAUUGAAGACUGAGCCUGAGGAGGAGAGGAGGGAGAUGAUCACUCCUGCACUGAGAGAUGCGCUCACUAAGCAAGGAUAUAAACUAAUAGGCAGUCACUCUGGGGUUAAGCUGUGUCGCUGGACCAAGUCCAUGCUGAGAGGAAGAGGAGGAUGCUACAAACACACCUUUUACGGCAUCGAGUCUCACCGGUGUAUGGAGACCACGCCCAGUCUGGCCUGUGCCAACAAGUGUGUUUUUUGCUGGAGACACCACACAAAUCCUGUCGGCACUGAGUGGCGUUGGAAGAUGGACCCCGCUGAGAAGAUCCUCCAGGAAGCACUGGAGAACCACCGCAACAUGAUCCGUCAAUUCCGAGGUGUCCCAGGAGUUCGUCCGGAGCGUUUUGAGGAGGGUUUGGCGGUAAAGCACUGCGCUCUGUCUUUAGUGGGCGAGCCUAUCAUGUACCCAGAGAUCAACUCCUUCCUGCGUCUCCUCCACCAGUGCCACAUCUCCAGCUUCUUGGUCACCAAUGCCCAGUUCCCUGAAGAGAUCAGGAGCCUGGUGCCAGUCACGCAGCUGUACGUGAGCGUAGACGCCAGCACCAAGGACAGUCUGAAGCGUAUAGACCGUCCUCUUUUCAAAGACUUUUGGCAGCGCUUCCUGGACAGCCUCAGAGCCCUGGGAGAGAAGCAACAGCGCACGGUGUACCGCCUGACCCUGGUGAAGGCCUGGAACGUAGACGAACUCAAAGCCUACGCCGAGCUCAUUGCCCUCGGCCAGCCAGACUUCAUCGAGGUUAAGGGAGUAACCUACUGUGGCGAGAGCUCAGCCAGCAACCUGACCAUGGCCAACGUGCCCUGGCAUGAGGAGGUCGUCCACUUUGUGCAGCAGCUCGCCAGCCUCCUGCCCGACUACGGCAUUGCCUGCGAACACGAGCACUCCAACUGCAUGUUACUUGCCCAUCAUAAGUUUAAAGUGGACGACGAGUGGUGGACGUGGAUCGACUACGAGCGCUUCCACGAGCUUGUUCAGCAGUACAAUGAGAGCGACGGUGCCGAGACCUUCACCGCACUGGAUUACAUGGCCAAGACCCCCAGCUGGGCCGUGUUCGGGGCUCGAGAGAGAGGCUUCGAUCCCUCAGACACACGCUUCCUCAGGAAAAACAAGACCAAAGACAUCUCCGGGUGCUGAUGUCACACACACUGGGAGCUGAAUCUUGUUUAUUAACAUCUGAAAAAGAGAAAUAGCUUUUAUCAAGACUUUAUUAAACAGAUGUCUGGUUCUGAAGGUCUCGUCGGUUUCCACAUAAGAAGAGAACUUAUUUUAGGUCAUUACUCUUGUUUUCCAGCACAGGAUCAGUGAGUCUCCAGUGUCAUGUGUUCACCUUCACUUCACAUGGGUUUUCUAACCAUUUCUUAUUCUUGUGUUUUUUGGGUUUUGUGUUUCUUGGUUUUUUUUUGUGAACACUCGCACUAUACAGAGGAGUGACGUUAACACUGCGGUCUCUACAUGUCUCUUUUUCUACCUUUCCCUAUUACACCUGUUUCCGGUUUCUUCUUUUCUGUCAGUUUUCACCCAGAGAGAGAGUCAGUAUGAGGAUUACAGCUUCAUUCCCUAACAUACACAAGGUCUUGUUUCAGUCUGGGACGAAACUAUUCCUUUAUUCUCUCCGUUUAAUUAAAAUGACACUUCACACACUGGCUAGUACGUGUGUGUGUAAAAUUAGCAUAAGGCCAAGCGUGUCAUGAGUUCCCAGAGUUCUUUAUUAAAGCCAAUACUGCUGUGACUAGCACUAUACUUGUUUAUUCUUCUCUUUCUUCAGUCUGUGUGCUCCCUUGCGGUUUCCUGCAGUGAAUUUAGGUAUUACUUUGAAUUUAAUUUCCAUUUUUUUCUCGUCAUCGUUUUGUGAGUUUUUCAGGAGUUAUAUUUUUUCAGCUCUUAAGCAUUAUGGUGUCAUCUGGAUUUCCGAAGCCGAUCACAGAACCUAAGCGUGUCAUGGUUUUCGACUUGGCUGUAACUGUAUUUCCCACAUCUGUUAAAUUUUUUAGAUUUGCUCCAUAGGUGUCUGGAGUGGUGACUUUUAACUGUUUGUAUCAGAAGGUGUGAUGGUGCCUUAUUGAAUUCUGAAUAAAAUAUAUGAUGGUUAUUAAA